AUGCCUCUUCUUGUCUACAAAAGACCGUCUCGUUCUCACAUGCUUGUUAUUCUCCCGAUAUCGUUGGUCACGACUUUGACUCUCAUUGUCGCACUUUGCUACCUUCAAGUCCUAUACGCAGCAUGUUUUAUUGCACGGUCGUUCAGAGCUUCUCCGAAAGAAUUUCCACCUUUCAAGUCCACCAUUGAAAGGGCAGAGAAGUGGACUGUCAACAUCAUACUGAGGGUUAUUCCCUCGGCCAGCCACCCUCGCGCAUCUGCAAGCCCGCAGCAGCAAGAACCACUGUAUGGACCCGAUUUUACUAUCUGGAACUCUCGAUCCGGACCAAAUAUCCCAGCACCACAAGCAAAUGGAUUCGCCACUCCACCAGACCUGCCUCAGUACUACGAAGCACCCACCACCGAAGCUGGACCGGUCCAGCAGAAGACCAAUCUUCUCACCCCCAAGAAAGCAGUACACCGGUACGGCAAGAAUGGUUCCAUAGUCUAUGACACUGUGAAGAAAGCCCCAACCAAUGUACCAAAGCUGCAUGCCAUGAUCAACCUCAACACGUUGCAGCCGGCCCGAUCAAGCCCUGCCUUGCGUAGACAGGCGCAAGAGCACGACAAAUCCACGUACCACCCAGCUCAUAUGGAGAUAUCAGAGGGCCAAUACCCCGCAGAUAAUCUGAUUAGCGGCUUACUGCGUGUAGCUCAGGUUUCGGUUGCUUCGUUCGAUGGUCCUUAUGAUCUUGCCGAGACCGUUCAGCCAGUCGUGACCGUCGAGGAUCAUACCCCUAAAUCUGAUAGGGAUGCCUUGAAGCUGGGCUGGAAGGAAAAGUGUCAAUCUACCGAGAGCUAUCCUGGCCGCUUUCCUGUGAGUGACGGUCAGGAUAUGAGCUGCAUGGCUACUGCUGAGUUUGCUUUCCGGGAGCGUGGAACCACAACAGCUCGACCGUUCUCUGAUUAUUAG